ACGGCGGGCCGUAAACAAUCCUCUUAUGACUUGACUUCUGUGCAGAUAAAAUGCAAAAUAUCACAAGCGGCUAGCAUUUGCAAGAUCAGCUGCCUCGCUUGUGACGGCUUGUCAUUAAAUUUUAUUUCCUCACCGCUGAAAUAUCACUGAGAUGCCGUUUUACACGAAAUCUUAUGGUUUUGGCAUCUUCAUCGCGCUAGCGCUGUACUCACUGUGUUCCGCUGACUACACACCAGCUACCGCCCAGUGCAACAACCAAUGCGACGCCAACACGCUGCUGACCGGUGGCGAUGUGAUCCGUCUGCUGGUGCAGACCAGCGACAACGACGUUGGUCGCUCCUAUAUCGUUAACAAUUUCGUGGCCCAGAUGACGCUCAGCCUGGCCAUGCAGAAUCUCCGCUUCAACGCCACUAACAAUUUCCAAUAUACUACGCAGUUCUUCUCCCCGUUCGGGAAUCUGGUGGACAGCAUUAACGGUGUCAAAGCGGACGCCAGUUCCCAGUACUGGAUGCUGUGUGUCAACGGGCAGUUUGCCCGCUGCGGAAUGGACACGUACCGGCUGAAUCGUGGCGAUAGUGUUAGCUGGAAACUGGUGCCCUUCAGCCGGACAACGUGCUAGUUCUCCUGCAAAUGCUGAUUGCUGAAUCGGCGAUUUUUUUACAAACUUUUUUAACUGAGAAAUGUUUGCUAUACAUAAUACGUUGCCCCAAAGAUGCACUUACUUUCCUGUUAGUGAUAUAUUCACUUUGCUGGUGGCGGGCUUUUUCGGUCCCUGCCGCACAUAUAUGCUUUUCCCUGAGCAUGUGUACCCGAAAAAAAUAACUUAAUGUGUGUGUUUGUUAACAGAAUUUGACGGAUUUUAUAUUUUAUUUUUACAUUAUGGCGAUUUCAAUAUUCGACAC